AUGUCGUCCACCAACCCCGAGACCAACGGCGAGGAAAUCAAUGGCGCCGAUGCCAUUUUUAUCAUUGAAUGCCUCAAGCAUCUCAACGAGUCUAAGCAGGUCGACAUCGGUAAAGUUGCCACUGCCUUGAAGUACAGCAAUGUGGCAUCAGCCGGCAACCGUUUUCGCGCUUUGCGCAAGCGCUAUGGAUUCGCAAACCUGGAGUGCAAGAACUCCUCUACCCCUACCAAGGCUGGCAAGGCUGGUGCUACUGGCAAGGCUGCCAAAGAUGGUCCUGCUGCCGAUGAGGAUGUUUCGUCUCCUGGCGAGACGGUCCCGUCCUCUCCCUCCAAGCCUGCUCGCAAGCCUGCUGCUGGCCGCAAGGGAGCCAAGGCCAACUCGAAGCCAAUUCCUGCCACUGGCCCUGUGGACACCGAUGGCUCUGUCUCUGCUUCCAAGAAGCCUACCGGAAAGCGCGGUCCAAGAGGCAAGGGCAAGCAGGUCGUCGCCCAGCAGCCGGCCGUUAUGGAGUCUGUCGAGAUUCCGGUCAUUAAAGACAACGGAGAUGUGAAGAUGGAGGAGGGCGACGCCAUCAAAGCUGAAGCUUAA